AUGGCUCGCGUGGACUUGCUCCUACUGCUGACGUCACUAGCCGUGGCGGUCGCUGAAAGAACCUUCUCGAUCGACUACGACAACAAUCAAUUUUUGCGGGAUGGAAAACCAUUUCGUUAUAUCUCCGGCUCUAUUCACUACUUCCGAAUACACCCGGAUCAAUGGGAGGCUCGUAUUCAAUCCAUAAGAGCUGCCGGGUUGAACGCUAUCGAGAUGUACAUUCCUUGGAAUUUCCAUGAAACCUAUAAAGGAACAUACGAUUUCACUGGAAUGCGUAACUUCACUCAUUUCUUUGAACUCGCAGCCAAGUAUGACUUGGCUGUGAUCGUUCGACCAGGUCCUUAUAUCUGUGCCGAGUGGGAGAACGGUGGCUUGCCAUACUGGUUGCUGAAAUAUCCGAACAUCAGGCAACGCAGCUCAGACAGCAACUUUCUGCGCGAAGCGCUUACGUGGUGGGAUCAAUUGUUACCAAUGAUAAGACCAUACUUGUGGAGAAACAACGGGCCAGUGAUCAUGGUUCAGAUCGAGAAUGAGUACGGUUCGUUCGGUUGCGACCACGUCUACCUAAACGCGCUGAGAGAUAAGGCCAUUGAACAACUUGGGAACGACACCGUUCUAUUCACAACGGAUCCUCCUGAAACGAUUGAGUGCGGUUUGAUCGAUGGAGUAUUUGCAACGGUCGAUUUUGGUGAGAAAGGAUUGGCUGCGGCUGACGAAUACUUCACAAUCCAGAGGGAGGCCAACAAAAAGAAAGGUCCCGCUGCAAACUCUGAGUGCUACCCCGGCUGGUAUCGUACUUGGGGAGAAAAAGGAAGUGGAGGCGAUAUCUCUGCUAACGUAGUUCUGAAACUGACAGAGAAGAUGUAUAACCUGAACGCUUCGUUUAACUACUAUAUGUUCCAUGGUGGUACUAAUUUCGGCUUCUGGAAUGGUGCUGAGUACGCUGCAGGGCUUAUCACUUCUUAUGAUUAUUUCGCACCAAUGACGGAGAACGGGGACUACAACGAUAAGUACAAGGCAAUCCGUGACUUUAUCUCCGGAAUUAAGGACUGGCCUAACCCUCCGCAGGAUUUGCCAGCUAAGCCAACAACAUUCGCACAAUCAAAUGUCGUUCUGCAAAAAAUCGGGAACUGGUUCGACUUCGAGGCGAAAACAAUCAAUUCGAGUCGUUGCGUGCAAAGUCCACUACCGAAGACGUUUGAAGAUCUCGAUCAACCUAUGGGCUUCGUAAAAUACUCGAUUAAUUUGAAUUUGGGCGGAAGUCUGCUGGACGGAAGCAAAAUACGCGAUUUCGGUUACGUAUUUGUAAAUAAACAAUUCAAGGGUAGGCUCAGUCCACAUUACAAACCGCAUGAGGUCAAAGAACUUAGGCUACAGUUAAGAAAAAACGAUCUCUUGGAGAUUUACGUAGAAAAUCAAGGAAGGCUGACUUGGGAAACUGCAAAUGACAAAAAGGGUAUUAUCGCUGGGAUUACGCUGGACGGUUCUCAGCUCACAGGAUGGACGUCAUGUCCGGUGGAUGUGGAGCAAUUGACCGGCGUCUCAGCUUCGCAAACAGGAACAAACGCUUUCAGUGUCGGUGAUGUAUACGGUGGAGAUUUCUCCGCGUCUGCCCAGGGGGAUACUUUUAUCGAUUUAUCAAAUUGGGGUAAAGGAAUUGUAUGGGUGAACGGGUUCAAUCUAGGCAGAUAUUGGAGUACGGCAGGACCACAGAAAUAUCUCUACGUCCCGUCACCGCUGUUGUCAAAUCGUACAAUCAAUCGAUUUGUAUUCCUGGAAUUGGAGAUGCUUUCGAGUGACUUUGAUGUGAAUUCACGUGUGGAUUGUUUCCCGGAGCCAGGCGCAAGUGAAGAUGCUUGUAACGCGAGAGGGUGCAUAUGGCAGGAAGCUGCACAGGGUAGCCCAGUGAACACUCCGUGGUGUUUCUACUCGCCACAGUCAGGAUACAGAGUAUCUCAGGAGAAUGUGAAUUAUUAUCAGCUUGUACCAGAAAAUAAUAAAAAUCCUUACGGCGAGAACAUAUCACCUUUGGAUGUCAAGAUACGCAAAAAUGGAGCAACACUACAAGUUAGUAUAGGAAAUAGUGGAAGGUUUACACCUCCCGUGCAGUUCCCGGAGAGUCCCGGAAAGUCAUCGGAAUCGCUGAAUUUUGUGUCCACCGUGAUCGAUAACUCUAAUGUGUUCGCGUUCCAAAUUGUUCGUGAAUCGACGAAUACUCCACUAUGGGACACUUCUAUAGGAGGAAUGCAGUUUGCUGAUCAGUUCAUUCAAAUCGCAACUUACCUGCCGUCCACUAACGUCUUCGGCUUCGGGCAGCACGUUCAUCAUCGCUUGAAGCACGACCUUUCACGCUAUACCGUAUGGCCAAUGUUCGCACGUGAUAUCGGACCUGAUUCAAGCAGUUCGCUCAGCACACAGAACCUUUACGGGGUUCAUCCUUUUUACAUUUGCGUCGAAAAUGAUGGGAAAGCGCACGGUGUGUUCAUAUUAAAUUCGAAUGCUCAGGAAGUUGAAACCGGACCAGGACCUCAUCUCGUGUAUCGUACCAUCGGUGGGCAGCUUGACAUCGCGUUCUUCCCCGGCCCAACACCGGAGGAAGUCGUUCAGCAGUACCUGAAUCAUAUUGGCCUACCAUUUCUUCCCGCGUACUGGGCACUUGGAUAUCAACUUUCCCGUUGGGGUUACAAAAAUUUGGAGGAUAUGAAGGCGGUCGUAGGACGUGUGCAGGCGGCUCAGAUCCCUCUUGACAUUGUCUAUGCGGACAUCGACUACAUGGAACGAUACAAAGAUUUCACUUUAGGACCGGAUUGGGCCGGUUUCGGCGCUUAUGUGGACGAGCUGCAUGGCCAAGGGCUUCACCUUAUCCUCAUUUUUGAUCCUGCUAUCGAAGCGGACUACGGAAGUUUCGAGCGAGCCUUGAAUCAGAAUGCCUCCUUCAUCGAGUGGGCAAAACAAUCGCAGGUGCCGAAAAAUAUUCAAAGUCAAUAUCCUUUGGCUGCUAAAACCUUGAUUAUGCUAGGUAAUGUUUGGCCCGAUAGAAACACGGCUAUGCCAGACUUUUUGGAUCCAAACAAUAAAACACAACAGUGGUGGACGUCAGAAUGUCAAUUGUUCCAUAAAACGGUUGCAUUCGACGGGAUGUGGAUUGACAUGAAUGAGCCGUCCAACUUCGACACAGACACCUACAGCGAAGGCGAACGGAGCGUUGAUGACGUCACCGCUCAUCUCUCCUGUCCGAUUACAGGCCCGGAUUCCGCGCUGGACAAUCCGCCAUACAAAACUUACGCUGUAUACAAUCGACAAGGAGAGCAGCUCUGUUCAAAAACUUUGUGCAUGCUCGCAAAAACCGGACGUCGCACCAUGGAUUUCUAUAACACAAAGAAUCUCUACGGGAUGUCCGAGGCCAAAGCCACGAGCCAAGCGCUCUCGGCGACCACUAGCAGAAGAGGAGCUGUAAUUUCAAGGUCUACUUUCCCUUCCUCUGGUCAUUACGGUGGUACUUGGCUGGGUGAUAACACGGCAACGUGGAACGACCUUCAGACAUCGAUUGUAGGUGUAAUGGAGUUCAAUUGGUUUGGAUUACCAUACGUUGGAUCGGAUAUUUGUGGAUUUAAUGGAAAUACCACCGAGGAAUUAUGCCUACGAUGGCAUCAAAUGGGCGCAUUCCAUUCGUUCUGUAGGGAUCACAACACUCAUGACGGGAUCCCGCAAGAUCCAGCCGUAUGGCCAUCGGUAGCGAAUGCGGCACGGAUCGCGCUGAGUUUUCGCUAUCGGUACCUUCCCUAUCUUUACAGUUUACACUAUUCGGCCGCUCUCUACGGUAAUACAGUAAUUCGACCGCUUUUCUUCGAAUUUCCCCAGGAUUCUACAGUAAUGGAGGUGGAUCAUCAAUUCAUGUGGGGUUCAGCGUUGAUGAUUGCACCCGCUGUCGAACAGGGCAUCACCACGGUCCAUGCGUAUUUUCCGGAUGGUGUUUGGUACUCUUUGGUUCCAGAAACUUACGCACAACGUAUGGAUGUCGGUUAUGUUGACGUUGAUGCUCGUCUUGAUUCGUUGACCCCGGUAUAUGUCAGAGGUGGUUACAUCCUGCCACGACAACAAGGAAAUACCACAACUACUCAGUCGAGACGUAACCCCUUGGAAUUGCUCGUUUCUAUCGCCGACAACAGCCCAUCUCAGGGAGAAUUGUACUGGGACGCAGGAGAUGAUUUAUACGAGAGCCUCGACAAACAUCAAAGGCACCACUGGAAAUUUACAUUCAACGUGACGGCGAAUGCAGCUUCUUUAGCUGGCGAAUGCGAAUCAUGUUCUCCAAGUGUGACCAUACCUUCGCUAAACUUGAUCGAUGUCUUCGGUUACGGAUACUAUCCAGAUUUCACCAGUUUCCAAUUAGACGGGAAAAAGGUAAAUAUCAACGUCUUAACAUCGAGCUUCAGCCCAAUAACUCGCAGACUUGUCAUUUCAACGGAUAAUCUCGUCACUCUCAGCAACUACGUGAACUCCUCAAAUAAUCGUUUUCUACUUUCGUGGAAUCAUCAAGCGAUAUCUGUAGUGUUUUGA